AUGACGCGAUUCACUCUGUGGCUAUCCGCCGGUGGCAAUUCUGUACAACCAUGCGGAGAUCCAGUCUCCCAUCAUUUGUUCAUGCGGUGUUUGUUUCACGCGAAACACGACUCAAACCUCAAAUUCGAUGUGAAAACCAUCAAUGUCAAUAAGAAGAGUUAUGAUUUCAAUGAGACUGGUCUUCGAAAAGUGCCCGGAAUUCAUACUGAGGACGAUGAAACUUUCGAAACCGAGGAUGACAUUUUGGACUUUCUUGAAUCAUUGCCACCGAAAAGACCCGACGAUGUCGAAGCGGAAGACUCGACUUGCGAUUUGUUCAUCAAAUUUGCUUGGUUUCUAAAAGACGUCGAUCAUAAUGAAAAGGCAUUAAAUACCGAAUUACUACGAUUGGAAAAGUAUUUGACGAAGACUGGCUUAAGAUUUUUGUGCUCGAAUGAAGUCACCCAUAUUGAUUGCUUGGUUUUGACAAGAUUACACUCGAUUCGAAUUGCAGCAAAGGCUCUCAAGAAUUACACUUUUCCAGUUGAGCUAGCGAAAGUUCGAGAAUACAUGAAAAAUGGUUAUGACGAGGAAAUCUUUCGAUUGAGUUGCCCAUCUGAUCAAGAAAUAAUUCUUCAUUGGAGCGAGAGAAAAGAUGCUCCAUCGUUGAGCUCAAAAGAAAAAGCUCGUUUGGUCAGAGAGCAGCCAACCUAUUCGUUUAUCAUCGAUGCUUAA